UCCUUGAUAGACGGCUUCAGCGGUGAGGGUGUCUGCAUUGUCUGUAAACGCCAGAACAGUUCAUUGGGAAGGUCAACAGGAGAGUUUUGUGAGGAUAAUUAGAGGACAAGCUUAGUAAUAAGACACACAUUACAUAUACUUGUCUGCAUCUGUAGGUUGUCAGGUCAUAGAGAGGGAAUAGGACAUAGAUAGCCAUCGCUAGCUAACAUAGACGCUAAGUGAAAGUGUCAAUUAGUCCAUUACCGGUAGAUUACACAGUUGGUGUCUGUAACUAUCUGUCUCACAACAAAGUCAUAGCCUUUGGAAAAAACAAAACAACGUUUUAUAGGAUAGUUGAGAGCCUCUUCAGUUAGCGUUAGGUAAUAUUUAGACCAUCUUCAGCUACUGUCAGGGGACGUUGAAGAGCAGCGAUGGACUUCGUUGCUGGAUGCAUCGGAGGGGCUGCUGGAGUCUUGGUUGGACACCCAUUUGACACGGUGAAGGUGAGGCUGCAGGUCCAGAGUGUGGACAAGCCUCUGUACCGUGGGACCUUUCACUGUUUCCAGUCCAUCAUACGGCAGGAGACGAUGUUUGGCUUGUACAAAGGCAUUGGAUCCCCCAUGAUGGGCCUCACAUUCAUCAACGCUAUAGUGUUUGGAGUUCAAGGAAACACCAUGCGGCUGCUCGGAAACGACACCCCGAUGAACCAGUUCCUCGCGGGCGCAGCAGCGGGCGCCAUCCAGUGUGUCAUCUGCUGCCCCAUGGAGCUGGCUAAAACCCGCAUGCAGCUGCAGGGUACUGGAGAGAAGAAGUCCUCCAGGAAGUUGUACAAGAAUUCCCUGGACUGCUUGGCACGCAUCUACAACCGGGAUGGUCUGCGGGGUGUGAACAGAGGCAUGGUCACCACACUUAUCCGCGAGACACCCGGUUUCGGGGUGUAUUUCCUGGCCUAUGACGUGCUGACGCGCAGCCUCGGCUGUGAGCCGGAUGAUCGCCUCAUGAUCCCCAAACUGCUGUUUGCAGGGGGCAUGGCUGGCAUCGCCUCCUGGCUGUCCACCUAUCCUGUGGAUGUGAUCAAAUCGCGGCUGCAGGCAGACGGGGUGGGUGGGGUGAACCGGUACAGCAGCAUCGCCGAUUGUGUGCGACAGAGCAUCAAGAGAGAGGGCUACAUGGUGUUCACACGAGGCCUCACCUCCACGCUGCUUCGAGCCUUCCCCGUGAACGCAGCCACUUUUGCUACCGUCACCCUCAUCCUCAUGUACUCCCGGGGGGUGGAGGUCGGACCUAAAGACUGUGAGUUGGCUCCGCCGAGCCACCAGGCGCAGCUGCAGCAGCAGGCCCAACCCUCCAGCCUGUGACUGCACAGUAGUCUCAACCUGGGCACUUUACAAGAGCAUGGAAAGAAGAAACAAACAUAAAAACCCUUUACUACUUUUACUAAGUCUCACAACAGACCAGUCAUUCCUAACUGUAAGUAAAAAAACAGUCUAUAAUUACAAAAAGGAAACAAAGGAAAAUAUAUUUAUUUAUUUUUCUCAAUUUCAGUUUCAGUCUUGCCUCGCGUUACCUCUAAUAAGAACUGAAAUUAUUUUGCAUCUGUGAGAAAUCUCUUGUUUGACACUGAUCCAGACGUGUUACUGAGCCACAAAACUGAGGGUGUGGCUAAGUAGCGUGUACACUGAAGGUUGAUAUCUCUCUAUAUAUAUUUAACUGUGCGGUGUUUAACUGCCCCUGUGUAUAUAUCAUAUCAUUGUCUUUGAUUCUUUUAUUUUCUAAUGUUUAUUGGAAACAUUUUCCCUGCCUUAUGAUAUGAAGAACUGUAUUUUGUUUUAAGGAAGCUGAAGCACCUGUUUGUGACUGAACUGUAUCCUGUGGAGAGCCGAGAGAGAGAGGGAAUGUAGCAUUUGAUGAGUGCGCAGAACUUAUCGUGUGUGUGCGCUUUUAAACCAAAUGAGCAGCUAUAAUCUAAUCCUCACUAAAGCACUAUUACUCAAAGCAGCGCAUGUCGGUACCCAAUAUUGACUGAAAUUUAAAGUGUGUGGAGUGGAGAUAGCAUUUGUUUUAGGUUUUGUUUGUUUGUCUGUAUUGCAUUUUAUGUUUUACCAAACUAUGUAAAGUAUAUUUAUCAUUUUAACCGUACCUCUGCUUUAAAGGCCUGAUCCAGAAGUGAAACAGGAUACAUGGUGCUCCUCACAUGUUCCAUUAUUUCGUAAAAUGUUGGUAAAUUUCAGUUCUUUUUUUAGACGAUUUUGAAAUUGCUAGGAAAUUCCCAAAUUUCCAAAGCAUUUGGUAUGGCCCUUAAUCACUUUGUUUUUUUGGUUGACAAAUACUUAUGAGUAACUGGGACUGAUUGUGUGAGAAUUGCUUUUCUCGUUGGGAAAAUGUGUAAAUUGAUACAACAACCCCUAUUUCUACCCAGAAAGCACUGGAGGAAUUUGGUUUGAUUGUGCCAACUUUAGCUUCAAACAAAUAAAAUACUAUAUAUUUUUAAAAACCCAUAUGGGGGUGAAGAAUAUGCCCUUACUAAAGUUAAUUUUAAAAAAAGGUCCUGGAAGUCUACCUUUUUUAGAAGAUUAAAAGGAUCUUUCAACUUUAAAAGCAUUUAUGUGUUUCUUCCCAUCCUGUACCUUAUCUGGAUUGGGGCUUCAUUGCAGCUUAUUUAUUUUCUGAGGUAUUAUAUUAGCUUAGUAAUGUACAUGUAUUGUUAAUGAGUGGGCCUUGUCUGCUUUCCUGCAUGUGUGUGGUCUGUUUGUGUUAUUUAUGCCUGAAUGUUGAAUAUCUGUUAAAAAUCAAAGUUGCUACCCUACUAAAAUGCUUAUGUAUCUGCAGUGAAUCGUAGGUGCUACUGAAACUCUCUUGUUGUAAACCUAGCAACAAGUCAUACUACAGUUGUGUGUGAGAAGACUAUCAUUGAAGGACUGUUAGAGAGCAGGAAGUCAGGGAUGCACUUUCAGUAUGUUGAAUGUAACACACCUGUACUCACAGGGGAAGGAUUAAAAAUGAUAACAUUGAAAUGUUUGAAUUGUUCAAUGCUGCUGAGAAACUUGAAAAUAUCCAUGGCUGUAGACUCAUUUGUGGGCGAUGAUGAGAAAUGAAAGUGCAAAGGGAAAUUUCUGGUAUGUUUUUUUUUUGUCUAAGUUAAAUCAAUAAUUCCACCUCCUUGAACAGCGAUCGUUCUCUCUGACUGUAAAGUACAUUAUGUCUGAAACGUGGUGAUUCGACAGCUAACCUGUAGACCAGCUGAUGCAAUAUGUUAAGGAUGUAACUAUUAACGUGAGAUUAUGUCGGAGUGUUAAUGUAAAUAUAUUUAAAUAUAUAACAUAUAUUUUUCAUUCUAAGGUUGUUGUGUGGUUCCCUGAAUGUCUGAGUUUAAGCAAUUUUAAAGUCUGUAUUUGAUCAGUUUGAUUGGCUGAUACAUUGAGGAGAUUUUAGCUAAGACAUACGUAUAUGAUAUUUUUGUAACAUAGUCACACAUAACCUUUUUUGUCUAGAUUUCUCACUGAAGAUGUGCAAAAAAAGACUCAAUAAAAAUGAUUCAGCAA